GAGGGACCGGACCGGAUAUAUGACAUGCCACCUUCAGAUGGGCUUUGAGGAAGCGUGGGUCUUUAACAGACAAACAAUAGCGCUCUUGCAAAUCGCAUUACCUCAAGUCAUUUUUUAUUGCGUUUCGGGAAACGGGCGAAAGAAAGAAGAACUCCUUAACCGAGUUGUUUGGCCCUAAAGGAAGCAGCGAAAAAGUAUAAGAAAAAAACAACCGACUCCCAAGUGGAUAAUUUCCAGGUCUGUAGUAUUGGCUGACGGACCGUGUAAACGCGGGCUGUAAAAGGAUCCCACCGUGGUUGGUCCUAGUAUAUAGAAAGGAGCCUAGUCAGCUCUCCAGGCUCCUCAGCUAUGGCUGUGCUGGACUACCUGAAGAGCCUGUUCAUCCUGCAGUUGCUGAUGGGCUUUGUGUUUGUGGUGAGCGGCCUCAUCAUAAACUUCAUUCAGCUCUGCACCUGCAUCCUCUGGCCAAUAAACAAGCAGCUCUAUCGCAAAAUCAACUGCCGGCUGGCCUACUCCCUCUGGAGUCAGCUGGUGAUGCUGCUGGAGUGGUGGUCAGGCACAGAAUGCACCCUAUACACUGACCAAGCUACGGUGGACAAGUUCGGCAAAGAGCAUGUCAUCACCAUCCUCAACCACAACUAUGAGAUCGACUUCCUGUGUGGCUGGACCAUGUGUGAACGAUUUGGCAUUCUAGGGAGUUCAAAAGUGCUAGCCAAACACGAGCUACUGAAGGUCCCUCUGAUUGGCUGGACCUGGUACUUCCUAGAAAUAGUCUUCUGCAAAAGAAAGUGGGAGGAGGACCGAAAGACUGUCUUCAAGGGACUGAGCGGGCUCAAAGACUAUCCUGAAUAUAUGUGGUUUCUGCUGUACUGUGAGGGAACCCGCUUUACAGAGACGAAGCACCAAAUCAGUAUGCAGGUUGCCGAGAGUAAAGGCCUGCCCAAGCUCAAAUACCACCUACUUCCCCGAACCAAAGGAUUCACCACCACACUGCAGUGUCUUCAGGGCACAGUAACUGCUGUGUACGAUGUGACUCUGAACUUCAAAGACAACCAAACUCCAACUCUCCUGGGCAUCGUCAAGGGCAAGAAAUACAAAGCUGACUUGAGUGUGCGGCGGUUUCCUGUAGAGGACAUACCAGCUGAUGAGAAGGAGUGUGCGAUCUGGCUGCACAAGCUCUACCAGGAGAAGGAUGCCUUACAGGAAUUCUACAAAAAGGAAGGCAAGUUCCCCGGACCCACAAUAACCACACGUCGCAGGCCAUGGACGCUGCUGAACUUCCUGUUUUGGGCCACCCUGCUGCUUUCGCCCCUCAUCAACUUUGCUUGUGGAGUGGUUGUCAGUGGCUCCCCCCUCCUCAUCAUUGGUUUCAUCAUUUUCCUCAUCAUAGCCUCAAUAGCUAUCCGUCGCCUCAUAGGGGUCACCGAGGUGAAGAAAACAGGCUCCAGUUACGGCAACCCGGAGGCCAAGAAGGAAAACUAAAGUGUGUCGUCAACCCCCCCCCUCCCUCCCUCCCUCCCUCCCUCCCCUCAGUGUACAGCCGUUUUUGUGCGGUCACCCUGCGGUAUCUCAUCCCUACCCAACUCCAUUCUCCUCCAAUGUUGAGUCAGUUGGCAGGCAGGGGAGGAGACCCAGCCUUGAAAACAUGGAGACCAGAGAUAGAAAUACUAAUGGCACUAGAGUGAGAGAGAGCAUUGAGGGUCUGGGGUUCAAGCUCUCUGUUGUAACACAGAACAUAAGGAGGGGGAGAUGCAGCACAGUAUUCCCCUGCGUCUUUCGUAAUCCCACUGCCUACAUCCAAUUUAACACCCAAGUUUAAGCUCCUAACCUGUCUGAUGUCACAUGGACAGCCAGUCAGCCCAUUUCCUGCUCUGCUCUCCUAACCAUCAGUCAUCAGCCAAUCAGGGUGUGGUGACAUGCUCAUUCUCCCAAACAGAUUUGUAUCAGAUCUUUUCAAUCGGAACCAUCCAAGGGCAAUGUGUUUCUGCAACGGCAAUCUGUAACAUGCAGGACAUUUCACUCCCUUUUUUUCACUUAGUGGGACUUGUAAUGGGAACUGAUGCCUUGAGGCCUAGCCUGCUUUCCUUACUGUUAAAGGGUCUUUUCACCCAAAGCGCAAAACAUUUACCAUUUAACUUCUAUGUACCCGGCCAGGCGGAUAGUUUGUGUUUGUAUGUGCCCUGAGUCUGAGAGCCAUCACUGACACUUCUACUGCUCCUCCAAUACAAUGUAGCUGAGUGAAUUGUUGACUAUGCCAUAAAAGUACAUUUGAAAACUUAACAGCAUUGUGUCUUUCCAGAAACCAAUAUCUCUGUCUACGCUUGAUCAUUUCGUACUAUUUUAUUAUUACUAUUUGUCGGUUGUAAAAAAAAUAAUAACAAUAGAAAAAAAAGACCACAUUGACUUCAUUGGAUUAUCCAAAUAUAAUUGUUUCUUGGAAUAGACUACGGUUUUUCAGGUAUCAUUUUCAAUUGUAUUUGAUUAGCAGCAGAAGUCUCAUGACAGAGAUCUCUAAACACAUCCCACAUCAUCUCCAGAGCUAGAUACUGCAAGUUAAGUGUCAAAAUAUUUUUGAUCAUGAUUUUGGUGAACUGAUCCAUUGACGUCUUGGCAUGGAGAGGCUGGUGUCUGCUAAACUAAAGCCAGGGCGCCGAGUGUGAAAACCUGCGAUCUGUUACAGGUCUCCUUUGUAGCCCGCAGCACCAACUUCCAUGGAUUCAUUGACACGGUUCUGGGUUUUCUUUCAGUUUCUAUUCCUAUUUUCACUUGCUUUACACAAAUAGGAAUUUGCAUACAUAAUAUUUAAUUUGACCCCCUAAAUGUGAUGUUAAUUCAACCAGCAAUCCCAGUCCAAACACUGAAGCUGUUCAACUUACCCUCCUCCUCUGAUGCCGGUGUUGACCGUUUAAAUGCAGUGCACACUGCUCUGUUUUGCUUUUGUUUGAAUUUUAGUGUAAACUAGAUUCCAGGAAAAGGUCAUGAACUGUCUUCAGCCUCACAGCUGUUAGCGUGUCAUUUCUUUCCAGACGGACUGCAUUAGUGAUGUUUUAACCUUUGCCUUAAAUCAAGCUUGCUCAGGCAAGGGAUUGCUCAUCCGCCCACCCCUUUAAAACAGCACCCACCUCAUACUUCUGCAUUAUGUUUGAAUAUUUACCCUUUUCCUCAUUACAGUGCAAAAAAGCAGUGUGCAUUCAUUUAAUUAGAUCACCAAAGCGAAUGAAUAAUUGAAAGCCAUUUUUAUUUAAGUGGGAAUCUAGGAAGUUGUCGGUUUGUUGCUUCCUCGUACCUGUGAGCUGCCUGCUCACAAAGCGUGUGCAGGCAGCUUUGUUUCACUGGAUGUCCUAGCCAUUGUUGUUGCACAGCUCCAUACAUUUCACCAUUUUAUAAUCGGUCAUCCCAGCGUUGGUUGUUUUUGCCGCAACAAAUUAAACGCUGGCUGCUGCAGUACAUGAGUGGAUCUCUUCCUGUGUUAAAAGCCAGUUUUCCUGGUCCAAAAUGCAAGCAAUGGUAGCAAGACAUGGAGGGGACAUGUGUCCCACUCUCUUCCCCGCUCCACCUGCUCCCGUGCCACAUGUGUUAAUCAUUUAAUUUUUCACUCCUCAGCAGCAAUAUGUCGUGUACAUCCUCUCUCUGGAGUCAUCUCAGACCAGACCGAUUUCAUACAAGCCUUAAUAGACAGUGCUGCUUAAAUUCUGUGUGAAAAUGUAGACGCUAACUUGAGCCCCUGUUGUGUCGUCCUGUAUACCAAGUAAGUUGCCGGAAUUAGUUGCUAAGCAGCUUGUUCUAAAGUUAAUUAAGAAUUAAAGAGCGACGAGACUAGGUGACGUCUGCUCUUGUGCACAAAGAGCUUUGUUUGUAAUCACUUCACAUUUUUUACAAGAAGAUACGUUGCUUUACCUAUUUGUUUACAGCUUUAGUAUCUUGGCUUGCUAUCUUUUUUUUCUCAAGAGAUCUGAUCAGAUACCAACGCAGUCAAAUUCAUCCUGUCAUUCAGAAAAAAUCAUAUUCAGAAGCAAGAAUGCUGAAAAGUUAAGCAAAGUAUUUAGAAUAACUUUUUACACUGGAUGUUUUCUAUUCAGUAAAGGAAUAUACAUGUAACUUGUGGUUGCUGUUUUUUUUUCUGAGGUCUCCAAUGGAAUCAAAUAACAUUACAAAUUGACACAAUUUAACUACUUUUUUGUUUUUGUUUUUUUAAUCAAGGAUAAUUGAGUUUGUGGCACUUCUUGUGUCAGCUUUUGUUUUGUUUUCUAAGGCUAUUUUAAUGUUUUCGUCAAUUAAAACACUUGAUAAUAUUAAAGGAUUUAAUCACACA